AUGCAUAGGAAAAGAACAAGAAAUGCAAGCGUUUGGUUAAAAAAUCAACCAACCAACAAAGUAUACUUUCCCCCACCCUCAAUUGGCUUACUUCCCUUUCUUUCUUUCUUUCUUUCUUUCUUUCUUUCUUUCUUUCUAUCAAUCACCUGUUCUUAUCUAUCUAUCACUUCCUAUUCCCAUCCGUCUGUCUGUCUGUCUAUCUAUCUAUCUUCAGCCUAUUCCUAUCUAUCUAUCUAUCUAUCUAUCUAUCUAUCUAUCUGUCUGUCUUCAACCUGUUCCUUCUUGUCUAUCUAUCUAUCUUCAGCCUGUUACUAUCUAUCUAUCUAUCUAUCUAUCUGUCUGUCUGUCUUGCCUUUUAUUUUCGCCGUUUUUCUGAGUUUUUAUUUAUUUAUUUUCUUUUGGCUUCCUUGGGUUUUUUUUUUCUCUUUUUUCGUGCCCUUUAUUUUCGCCGUUUUUCUGACAUUUCUUGAGCUUUCUCCUUUUUUCUCAUUUUUAGUGCCCUUUAUUUUCGUCGUCAUCCUGACUUUUCUUGAAUGUUUCUCCUUUUUGUUCUCUUUUUCGCGCCCUUUAUUUUCGCCCUUUUCCCCAAUGUUUUUGAGCUUUCUCCUUUUUUUUUCUCUUUUCUCAGUGACCUUUAUUUUCGCCGAUUUCCUGAUUUUUCUUGAGUUUUUCCUCUUUUUUUUCUCUUUUUAG